CACACAAUGUUCCUUCGUUCCGUUACUCGCGCUGCUGCUCGCAGCUCGGCUGUGCCCACCACGGGCCUGCGCUCCUACCGCACCGUUUCGGGCCCAAUGGCUUGCCUGAACGCUCGUCCUCAGACUGAGAAGAAGUCUAUCGCUCCCCAGCAGACCCGCGCCGCCUCCGAGCAUGCCAUCUCGAAUCCCACACUCGCCGGUAUUGAGAAGCGCUGGGAGGCCAUGCCCCCUCAGGAGCAGGCCGAGCUGUGGAUGCAGCUGAGGGACCGCAUGAAGGUCGACUGGCACCAGAUGACUCUCCAGGAGAAGAAGGCCGCCUACUGGAUCUCCUUCGGACCCCACGGCCCUCGCUCUGUGCCCCCCAAGGGCGAGAACCUCAAGAUCUUCUUCAAGGUCGCCCAGCUCACCCUUGUCAGCUUUGGUAUCUUCUACAUCAUCCACUUGUUCGCCAAGCCCCAGCCCAAGACCAUGACCAAGGAGUGGCAGGAGGCCUCCAACGAGUAUGCUAAGCAAGAGAACAUCAACCCUAUCUACGGUAUCAGCUCCGUGGGUUACGAGGGCAAGGGCUUCGUCCAGAGCCCUCCUGCUGAGAAGCAAUAGAUUGCCUCCACCCCUCGGGAGGAACAGGUAUAACGACGGGGUGUGCAGUGGAUGGGCAGUGUUGGGCUACAGGAACGAACUGCUGCCUCCCACCGCACGACCUUUGAUGACGCCGGUUCUGUGCCCAUCAAUUUUGGACACGAUCCUUCGCCUCUGUUCUACUUGUUUGUCAAUGUUAGCCCAAAAAGACCUCUGUAUCUCGUACUGUGCAAUAAUCAAUCAUCUCCUUUGUAGCCAUAGAAAGAUCAGACUGCA